AUGGCAGAGCAAACUCCAGCAAGCCAACCAAAUGAUGAGUGGAAAGAAACUCCUGUUGAACUCCCACCAGUUGAUGAUGAAAAUGAAUCGGCAGCAAAACAAGAAAAGCCAAUAGAUCCAAAUACAGUUUUUAGAUGCCCACAAUGCAGAUGCCCAUUAUUCAAAGGAAGUGACAUCAUUCAGCACGAAGCUACAAAGCUUCGUCCAAUUGCAAAAAAGAGGAAACAAUUCGCUUCCAAAGAAAAUGGUUGCCAUUCUUACUUUGUUGAAAAGCCAGAAUGGCUCGAUGCAACUGGAAGAAUGAAUGAUACAAUCUACUGUCCAAAGUGCAAGAUAAAACUUGGCCAUUUCAACUGGUAUGGCUCACAAUGCUCAUGUGGCGAGUGGAUUAAGCCAUCAUUCCAAUUCCCAAGGUCACGUGUUGAUGCCAUGUAA